AUGGACCCGUUUGAAGUCCGCAUGCGCUUCAACAGCCAACUUCAGCACCUCAACGCAUCAGUCACAUCCGCUCAAAAGGCUGCCGCAUGGGCCAUCAAGUACCGCGAAUGGGAUGAGGACCUUCACUCCUGCAUCCUCGAAAACCUCGAGCGCAACUCUCUCAACAACCGCGCCAACAUCUUCUACUUCUUCGAGACGCUCUGCGAUGUCGCGACUGCCACGCAACACGUUCAAUUCGUCCGCAUGAUGGAAAAGGACAUCUUGCGCAUUGUUGAUCUUGUGGCACCUGAGGAUGGCAGUGGUGCCGCCAAUGUCAAGGUCGUCCGCAAGGUUCUGAGAAAUCUUGCCAGAAAGAGAUAUCUGCAACAACAAACUGUCGACGAGUUGGAAGACUGUAUCAAGGAUCGCGACCAGAUCGGCGGUGUGGGAGGUACAGCAUCCCCAGAAGAAGCCAUGCGUUACAGCAAUGGCAAUGUUCGUGUCGAGAAGAGACAGGUAGAGCAGCGUAUCGAAGAAGACCGUGAGCGCCACAAGAGACUUAGAGAGGGCAUUUGGGCGGUGAACGAGGACGAAUUCGAAAAGAUGCGCGUGGAAUCUGCUGAUGUCAAUCAAGACGAUUCUCGCACUGCUGGCGAGGAAGCAGCAGAGCAUACGCAGUAUGCACACCUCCACCACACAGAGGCAGUGGGUGCAUAGACUGCUCUCUCAUCUUUCCCGCCCAUUGGGCCACUUUUAAUGCUGAUAUGACUGGAGGCACGGAAAAUUUGUACAAUAGAAUAAGGAGGAAGGAAGCAUAGCGUUUUUACUAGAUACCCCAAUACCAUGCCCUGUUUUUCAUCAUCAAAUUGUCUCACUUUCACGAUCAUAGACAUGGCGAACGUAGCUGUGGAAACGCACAGUGCAAUUGAUGAUACGUGAGUUAUCCAUUGAAAGAUGAAUCAUUUUCCCGCUCUACUGACGAUGCCGAAUAUCCAGGAGAUUACUGUGCCUUUAUGUAACUACAUCGACCUUAUGGGCCAAAGACAGGAGAGCUGGUAAUUGUCGGUGAGCCCUGUUGUUCUGCAUGUGCUCUACGU